AUGGGACAGAGAGCCUAUAAAUGCCCCAACUGCGGGAAAACCUUCACGCUGAGAUCAGACCUGUUUUCACAUCAUACAAUCCACACAGGAGAGAGACCCUAUAACUGUCUCGAGUGUGGGAAAGAUUUUGCUGGUUUCUCAGCCCUUAUUUUACAUCGGCGAAUCCACACGAGGGAGAGACUCUAUAAAUGCCCUGACUGUGGGAAAGGCUUCAUGUGUGGGAAAAGCUACAAGCAAAGAUCAAAUCUUAUUGUACAUCAGAGGACCCACACGGGAGAAAGACCAUAUAAAUGCCCCGACUGUGGCAAAAGCUUCAAGCAGAGCGCAGAAGUUAUUUCACAUCAGAGAAUCCACACAGGAGAGACACCCUAUAAAUGCCUCAACUGCACGAAAAGCUUCAGUAACAGCUCAGGCCUCAUUGUACAUCAGAGAACCCACAAUGGAGAGAGACCCUAUAACUGCUCUGAGUGUGGGAAAACCUUCGUUCAGAACUCAAACCUUUCUGUACAUCAGAGGAUCCACACGGGAAAGAAGCCCUAUGACUGCCCUGAAUGCAGGAAGAGCUUCAGCCAGAGCUCAGUCCUUAAAAGGCAUCAGAAAAUCCACACGAGAGGCACCCUAUAA